AUGGCUAUCGCACACCAGCAGCAGCAGCAGCAGCAGCAGCAGAGGGCGGUCGCAACCUCAACGCCCCUGACGGGGGCGACUGGUGAGGCGCCCAGGCUGCACCUGUCCCUGGACGCCGCUGAGCCAGCUCUGGCCGCCGAGCCUUCGCCCGUGCUGGGGCUGGGGCUUCCACCGGCGCUUGAGGCAGGGGUCGGUGUGGUGGCCAAGGCUGUGCCCGCAGCAGAGUCUGCAGUGACUUGCGGGCCCCCGCCAGAGGCUGGCCCCCAGCGGCAUAGCGAGGGCGCGGGCUUGGCGGCGUCAGACGGCGGCAGCGCUGCAGGUGCUGCUGGAGCUGAGGGCGGCGCCGCCAAGGUGAAGAGCCUGGUCAGGUCAUUUGCCGAGGCGAUUGCCAAGAAUGCCAGCCCCGCUUCUCCCAAGGGCGCUGUGGCCCCCGCCAAGCCCAGCGCCCCCCUUUCUCCCAGCGCGAACUGCCCUGGCAGGGGUCCGCCUGUGACGGCGGCUGCCCCUGUGGCGGUCAGUGCGCCGAGCGAGCCCGGGCCAGCAGCAGAGGUGUUUGCAACAGAGCAGCAUGCAGCAGAGGAUGUUGCAGAGGGCGCGGCAGAGGAGGGCGCAACAGAGCAGGGUGCGGCAGCAGAGGGCGCGGCAGAGAUGCCUGGUGCAGUGGGGCGUGAAGCAGAGGAGCUUGCAGCAGAGGGGGUUGCAGCAGCAGAGGUUGCGGCAGACAAGGCUGCAGCAAAGGAGCCCGCAGCCAAGGUUGUUGCAGCCGAGGAGCUGGCGGCACAGGAGCCGGCAACGAGCCAGCUGGCGGCGCCUGUGCCUGCCCCCACUCCUGGCGCUGAGGCAGACAAAAAACCUCUUUCACGCAAAGAGGUGCUGGCCAAAGCAGACGCACGCGGGCCCCAGGGUGACAUGCUGGAGACCUUCAGGGCGCAGCCAGCAGGGGCCACCGCCGAAGCAGCCCCCGCCACGCCGCCGUCGGCCCAGGAGGCGCAUGUGGCGACGGCAGUGGCAGCUGCGGAGGGCGGCGGCGGUGUGGACGCCGAGGCGCCCGGUGUCGAGGACAGCUGGGAGGACCAAGCAGACUCGGGCGAGCCACAGCCCCCGGCACCACCCUCAGGUCCCAAGCCGCCCUCAGCGGCCUCGCCGUUUGCGCCCAUUGCCGGUGCUGACGGGCGCCGGCAGUACACGCGCGACUACAUUAUCAAGCUGCGCGACGUGCCGGCAUCCAGGGGCAAGGCAGUGCUGACCACGGAGAUUGAGGAGAUCAUCCAUGACCCAACCGCGCCCGGUUACAUCCCUGCUGCGGGCGGCGGCUUUGAUCGGGCCCUCAUUCGUGGCGACAGUCGAGGCGGCGGCAUCAGCGGACGCCGCGGCGGCGGCGGCGGUCUGGAGCGUGUGGAGAGCGACUGGGCAGCGCGGGGCCCUGGCGGCCGUGGUGCUGGCCCUCCCUUGGGCCCGCCGGGGGUGGUGGUCUUCCGAGACGGCCCUCGCGGCAGUCUCAGCGGCCCUGGCAUGCCGCGUGCAGACAGCGGGCGCCGUCCAGGACCGCCAGUUGGAAGCGUCGACUCAGACCGCUGGGCGCGUGGCGGGCCGCUGCCGCCGGCGCGUGGUGUGAUGCCGCCGCGCCGCGACCUGCCCGCCCUGCACAAGAGUGAGAGUGCGUUCAAGGUGGGCCUGGUGCUGAGUGACGACCCGGAGGAGGAGGCCAAGCAGAAGGCAUUCAAGGGCAUCCUCAACAAGAUCACGCCCGACAACUUUGAGCGCCUGGCGCAGCAGCUGCUGGACGUCGGCAUCACGCAGGCCAAGACCCUGGUCGGGCUCAUCGGCCAGAUCUUUGACAAGGCGCUUUUUGAGCCGCACUUUUGUGAGCUGUACAGCCAGCUGUGCCACAACCUGCAGAAGCGGCUGCCUGAGUUUGACGACCCGUCAGAGGAGGCCGUGGUGGGCAGCGAGGGCGGCGAGGCAAAGCGCCGCAAGCUCAACUUCCGCCGGCUGCUGCUCAACAAGUGCCAGGAGGAGUUUGAGAAGGGCGACGCAGCGAUGCUCGCGGUGGCGCAGAGGGAGGCGAUGGCCAAGGAGCGUGGCGGCAAGGAUGACGGCGAGGGUAACGACGACGAGGAGCAGCCAGGGGAGGAGGAGCAGCAGCAGCAGCAGCAGCAGCAGCAGCAGCAGCAGCAGCAGCAGCAGCAGCAUGCUGAUGGCGGCGUCAAGGGGAGCGGUGAGGGUGACGGCGGUGCAGGCGAGCAGGAGGAGGGUGAGACGUCACCCCCCAAGCCCGCCAAACCUCUGGAUGCCAAAGCAGCGGCAGCGGCGGCAAGGCGUGCGGAACGGUUGGCUGCAGAGGAGGAGCUCAAGGCCCGGCGACGCAUGCUGGGCAACAUUCAAUUCAUCGGGCACCUGUACCGCUACGGCAUGCUCACUGAGAACAUCAUGCACAGCUGCAUCCAGCGCCUGCUGCUGGACGACCAGAACCCCAAGCUGGAGGACCUGGAGUGCCUCUGCAAGCUGCUGUCAACCAUUGGCCAGCAGCUGGAGCGCGGCGGCGUGGUCAAGGGCUCUGCCGGCAUGACGCAGAUGCAGGUCGCCCAGCGGCAGAAGGAGGAGGCGGCCAAGGGGCGGCGGCUGAUGGACGCCUACUUCCAGCGCAUCACGCGGCUGGUGGAGAACAAGGCCCUGGACAGCCGCCUGCGCUUCAUGCUCAUGGACAUCCAGGAGCAGCGCUCGCGCGGCUGGGCCACACGCCGCAAGGCAGAGGGGCCCAUGAAGAUUGAGGAGUUGCACCGAGCAGCAAAGCGCGAGGCAGACAACGUGGCGGCGCGCAACAAUGACCGCAGCAGCGCCCGGGGCCCACCCCCAGCCCGCGGCCCUCCCGGCCCCGGCCCUGGCUAUGGGGGCGAGAUGCCGCGACGGUCCAGUGGGGUGGACCACCUGCGGCGUGAUGAGCUGCCAACCGCCCCCAUGAAGUCGCAGCUCGGGGCGCGCACAGCGUCGACUGAGAUCAGCCUGCGGCCGCAGGGCUUUGGCCUGAAGGGCGCCAGCCCGAUGCGCGGGGCCGGCGAGCGGCGACCAGCCGUCAGCACGGGGUCGCGCAUGGGCGUGCCGGAGCAGCCACCACCCCCAGCGCGCCCACCGCCGCCGCCGCAGCAGCAGCAGCCGGCCCCGCCACAGCGGCCGUCGUUGCGAGGCAGCGAGGAGGGUGGUGCCUCUGCAGGUGGCACCUCUGGAGGCGGGGCUUCCGCAGGGGGCAGCGGGCGGCCGAGCGACGCAGGUGGUGUGGGCGGCGUGGGGCUGUCGCAGGCCGAGGUCCAGAGCGCCGUGGAGUCGAUUGUGAAGCUGCUCUUUGGGCAGACGGACGACACGGGGUCGACACCAGAGGAGCUGCUCCGGUUGGUGGUGGGCGGUGCUGAGGACGUGGGUGAGGCGCUGCAGGAAGUGCUGCGGCGGUCGCUGGACGUCCGCGGUGUGGCCCUGGAGGAGCGCCUGGAGAAGCCCAAGGAAUUUUUGCAGCAGCAGCUUGAGAGCGGUGGCCUGAGCGACGCGCACCUGGCUGCGCUUUUCCUGGGCCCCAGUGGCUUUUUGGCGCGGCUGGCUGACCUGGCGGAGGACGUGCCCAAGGCGCCUGCGCUCACAGGCCGCAUGCUUGGGGACUUUGCAGCGGGGGGCCACCUGCAGCUGCGCGCGGUGGCAGAUGCCGUGCUGCAGGUCAAGGCACGCGGAAGCGGCGGCGACGGCGGCGGCGACGAGGGGGAUGGCGGCAGCGAUGGUGGCGAGGACCCUCCCCUGGUUGAUGCGGAGAAGGCCCUGCCGCUGGUGGCGGAGCUGCUCAACAGGUGGCGCGCGGCUGCAGGCGAUGAUGGCGCUGCCGCCAAGGCGGCCUGGGCGGAUAGCGGGCUGUCCUGGGGCGAGCUGCUGCCCAGCUUUGCGCGAGAGGAGGCUGACGUAGUCAAGGCGGUGGAGAAACACGCCGUUGCGUGGGUCGCAUGA